GUUGCUAGAGGGCAGGUUCGUCGUCCUUCCUCUCUUCAAAAAGGAGAAAGGGAGUGAACUUUUUUUUUUCGUUUUGCGUUCGCGCACAGUCGGAGUUGGAUUCGUGUCGGACGUUUAAACCGUUUUCCGUUGGAUUCGACUCGAAACGAAAUGCGCGGAACCGGCGGACGUCUCUGUGAUGAACUCGCCGGCGAGUAUUUAACGACGGGCCUGUUCCAAGACAUCACGGGGUGAGACCCACUACGCACCAGGGACGUUCUCUCGGGGGCCGAAACGUGUGAUCCGGCAAAGGUUUUAUCAUGAGAACUGUUAAUCGGACGGAAAAUGUCGAUUUUGUGCAUAUUCGAAGGCUAACAUGAAGAAAACGCCAUCGGCUGUCGUUAAUCGUGGAAAACCUCCUUCAGUCCGUACGCCGUCCUUUAUAGCGACGAAACAGAGGGCACAUUCCAACCUUCAUUCCACAGGCUUCGCACAUCCCAACGAAAGAUUGCUGAGCAUGUCAGAAAACCAGGAGUUGUCAGAUGUAAGGGAUGGAGUUGCAGGAAUGCGAUUCUCUUCAAAAGAAGUUACAGAUUGCAUGGCAAAUUGGCUUACAUUUCUCAAGGUGCUUCAAAUGCUGUGUGUAUCUGGUAGCGAAUUGACAGGAAGUCUCAGUGCAAUAAAUUCUCUCAAUUCGACUUCCAACUGUGGUUGUAAGAGUCGACUCAACCGGUGUAAAGCGAUGUGGGACAGGUUGUCAUUUGCGACGAAUUCGGCAGUGUCAAUUGUGAGAAAUCAGACUGUCGCAUCGCUCCAAGAAGCCCAUCUGGCUCCAGAGAUAGAUCAGGACCAGGCUGAAAUAAAUCAAGGUGUUGUUUGCAGUGGGUUGAUCCGACUGCUCAAUCUACAAUACCAAUUCAGUUCAGCUUGUUGUGAAUGGGUCUCGACAAUGUCGGGCUGCUCCUGCAUCCCUCCUCAUUCCAGUCGUGAGGCAGAGGCUGUCGCUAGGUGUUUUCCAAUUAUUGGAAAUCCGAUUGUUCCAGUUCCUCAAAGGCGUUGGUCGGAAGCUGCUGCAGCAGGCAGAGAUAAGGCUCCACCAGAUCCUACAUUAAGAAGGUGGUCUAUACCAUGGAAACUUGCAUUACCUGCAAGUGGAGAGAAGAGUAGAUCAACAACACCAGAUGCUGUAUGGCAUACAACUUUAGCUAGUCAAGAAGAUUUACAAGAUGUUAUAUCACUUCUUUCUUGCCGCCCGGCAAAUACAACCACUCAACAUUUACCAGGCGUCAUACUGACGAGAGCGGAUGGGCAAAAUCAUGACAAUCUUCAUAAAGGGAUGAUGCAAAGGGGGAGUUGGUGGGGUGGCGACGGAGAAGAAACAGACGGGACAUCAUUGACUUCAAGGAAAAGCAGCUCAUCAACAGAUACCUCUUCUUGUUAUUCAUUACACAAAUCGACUACAACAAGCUCUGAGGAACUUUCACACGGCCAAAAAUCAUCUCACUUAUACUCUAUGUGGAGCGGAGCUGAUUUACCUUUUAUUAAACUUCCCGAAUCUUCUGAACAUGCUGAUACUGGUUGAAUAUUCUACUCCGAAAUACGGUAUUGACUUUUCUACUUGAUAAGAUUAUGUUUCCUUCUGAAAGUUGUAAUAUAAAAUAAAAGUUAAACACUUCCAUCGUA